AUGUCUUCCAAAACACCACAGCUUAGCGACCCCGCUACGACCAGCCAGGCCACUCCCGAAAGUACUGACAAGGAUGGAGACAUCGCUAUAGAAGGCAUCGAAGACCCCAAGGAGAUUACCGUCUUCAAGACUCUUAAAAUCGCCCUAUCAGACCGAUUCACAGGCAACCGACAAGAACUAGAAACCUUCUUGCUCCAACUUGAGAUCUACUUCCAAUUCAAUCAGGAUAAGUUCAAUAAUGACGCCGACAAAAGCGUCUGGGCUGCCUCCUACCUCAGAGGAGAAGCCGUUAAGUGGAUCCAAUCAUACCUCAAGGAUUACUUCACCAACUUGAGCGAGCCUAAAAAACGAAUACAUCCAACCCAAGCCAUCUUUGAGAGAUUCGAAGGAAACCGAGAUCGUGGUAAGUACCACAAAAAUGAAGGAAGACCUCGAGAAAACAAACAAUCCUAUGGAGAACCAAUGCAACUGGAUGCAGUGUUUAAGAACAAACUAUUCAAGGAAGAGGUAGAAAGCAGACGCAAGGAUAAGCUAUGCUUCGAAUGUGGCAAACCAGGAUAUCGAGCUAAAGACUGUCGAAGCAAGAAAUAA